UUCUUCUUCUUCGAUCUCGCUCUCUAUCUCCUUCAGAUAUAUUCUCUGUUUUGUUUUGCUUUCCUCUCUCUCUCUCUCUUCAAGAAUAAUAUCUAUCAUUCAGAAUUUUCCUGCUCAUUAAAUAAAUUUUAUAAAAAAGGUAGGAAUUCUUGAAUCUCCGAUCUUCUUAGCUCUUUUAAUCAUGGGAAACUACCUUUCUCGCAAGCUAGUGAAUCCAUUAUUAUUCAAGAAUCCAAAAUCAAUAAAAGUGGUCUUCCCAUCUGGAGAAAUCCGGCAAAUCCACCAACCCACCAAAGCUGCUGAUCUCAUGAUGGAGACACCAAACUUCUUCGUCGUUAACUCCGCCUCCCUGAAAAUCGGUAAGAAGUUUCGUGCACUCAGUGCAGAUGAUGAUCUUCAUAAGGCAAAUGUGUACUUCAUGCUUCCUAUGGAUAGAAAAAACUAUGUGGUUACAGCGAGCGACUUGGGUGCUCUGUUCAGGACAGCCCACACUCGUGCAGUGAAACGGAUUGCUGGAGGGAAAUUUAGGGUCCGGCCAGAUACUGCUGAGGGUUCGGUGGACGCAGUGGUGGUGCCCAAGCUGAGGUUGGAGGGCAUAGGAGAAGUUUCUACGCCAGAGUUUAAGUAUAUGUUGUCCAUGUCACGAUCAAGAAAGCCAUUGUUGGCAACGAUAGAUGAAGAGCCGGUUCGUUCAAUAUCAGCAGGCGGACGCAUGUAGGAGGAGGCGACGGGCACUUGCCAAUUCAACUAAAAUUCAAUGGCAAACUGUUUUAUUCUUAUGUAUUAUCGCUCACAUUUAACAAAGGGCUUUAUCCAACUCAAAAACCAAGUCAUGUAUUUGCUUUUUGUCCGACCUUAAUUAUUUUGGCUUAUUAUUCAUAUUUAUUAAA